AUGCAAUCUGGAGGCGGGUUCAUCAUCGACGACCUUUCCACGGUCUUUGACUUCGACGAUCCCAAUAAUCGUCCCACAGCACAACCCCACCAACCCGCCGCCCAUGAGAUCGACAAUGACAGCCACCCUCCCGAAACGGUUGCGACUCCCAAACCUCUCACCAGCAAGCAGGAAGCCAAGCUGAGAUCGUACCUCGAUGGCGCGCUGGAAGACAUCACGCGUGGGUAUCGGAAGCGAUUCGAUCCGAGCUCGAGCUUGCAUACCUUGACGAGCUAUCUGGGCGAGUGGAUGCGGUUGCUGGGUGUGUUGGCGCAUGUUCCACCGUAUGGGGGUGGGAGUACGAAUCUGCUCGUUUCGUAUCUGUUGAGGUGUUCGACGGAGUUGAGUGAUGGGAUCACGGGAUACAGUCUGGCGAUGGAGGUGGAGGCGAUGAAGCGGCAGAGGAAGCGGCAGAAGCAGGAUCGGGUCGACGAAACUGAUACAGACGGGGAGGAGGAGUCGGACGACGAAGAAGAAGAAAGGCAGCAUCAGAUCGCCUCUCGCACAAAGCAGCUUAACUUAGCCCUUCAGACGCUCGACCUCGUCGACAGGAUAUGGGCUGCAGUGCUCAGAGGCAACCUCAUCAACCUCCCCGUCGCGCUCACCAACGCCAGGAAAGCGUUCCCCGACACCACCGAAACCGUCUCUGCACAAGAUCAACCGCCGUCGCACAAAUCUCACAUCCCUCGCACCGUCCAUUCCACCACCAGUCUCGUACCUUCCCCAGCCAUCGAUGGACGCUUCCGAUCAUCCGAUGCAUCCUCGUCGAGCUCUUCGGAACCGCGCGAAAGCCUGCCAAUCCACGGAGGUAGAGCCAACAAGACUGUCGGCGUGACCGACCAAGUGCGUCUGCGCAACAUCGCGAUCUCUUCGCGCGAUAAGCUGUUUUCGUGGAUGCGCGCCGAGUUGGACGCGCCUGCUCCGCCGACGAUGGAGGAUGAAGAGGGUGAAGCGGAUGAGCCGAGCGACAACACUGUGGAGGGCGCUUUGGGGGUCAGACAGGGGACUGAUACGGUUGCAGAUGGGACAGGGGUGGAUGAGGAGGAGGAGGAGGAAUUCGAAGAUGUGGCAAUCGGUGCUGAUCAGCUGGACGAUAGCAAAGGGUACAAUGGGGAACAGGAUACGGAGGAGCGUCGGCAUUAUCAGGAUCUGUUCGAUAGGAAGCUCGAUCCGGACGCCGACGAUGAUGAUGAUGACGACGACGCGCCUCCCACCGCACACGCCACGGACCAGCAGGACGAUAAGUCGGAUCAAACCCUCGGUGCAUCCGUACUCGGCACAGUCGAAGCUGUCACCUCCACCGACAGUAACGACAAACGCAAGCGUCCCACCUCCCCAGCACAAACCUCCUCACCGCGUGCUGACGGUCUACCGAGCAAGCGACGACGCGAAGCAUCCCCAGAUACCGAGACGGAUGCAGGAGGUGAUGCGAGGAUGAGUCGUUCCGAGAUGGGUUCCAUCAACUUCACCCUGUCGGAUUUUGGACAGUGGGACGUAGCGUUCACGCGACUCUUUUCGAAAACGCUGCGAACGCUUAGCGAUCUGGGAGAGUUUUCCAACCGAACAGCGAGGAAAGAGUUCUCCACCAGCUUGGCAGGCAUCUCCGGUGCGGACGAGCAGGAGGCUGUAGAAUGA